AUGGUUUCCGCAGGCCCCCCUCAGCGAGCCUCAACGGGUGGCGGCGGCGGCUCCGGCGGUGGCAGCAGCAGCAGCAGCGAGGACUCAAUGAAACCUGCUGAGCUACCGGACCUUGCAGUUUGGCAGCCGAUUUCACUGGUGCCUGCUCGCUUACGAAGUUCACGCCACAGCGUCUGGGACGCGAACGCGCUCGAAGACACGGUGUCGACGCUCGAUGACCCCUGGUCGUUGCUCUCUGCAGCUUCGAAGCUUUUGGUGGAAAAAAGUCAGGGCAAGCGCCCGGAAUCUGAGCAAGGCGCUCUCUACUCGCAGCGAGACGCAGACAUAAGCGCUUUGGCUCCUGUGAAAGGUCUCCCACUUGAGUGGCUUCCGCAGCAGAGCCUUCGGAGCUUUGGCCUGCGAAACCUCGGAAACACCUGUUAUGCCAAUGCCGUUAUCCAGGCGCUGCUGCAUACGCCACCGUUGGUGCUGAAAGCGCUCUCCGAUGGAUGCGCCAGCGCCACUCCGCAUACAGGCUUUUUCGAUGCUAUGGCAGCCUUCGUGCGUCUCUGCCGACAGCUGCUCGUUGUACGUCCCUCCGGAACGAAUGCAGUUGCCCCGACGGAAAUCAUCCGCAACUUACCCGCAAUCUGUCGAAGGUAUCGAGUCGGACGGCAAGAAGAUGCCCAUGAGUUUCUCCGAUUUCUCUUGGAGAGCAUAGCGAGAAGCUGUAGUCGAAGGGGUGAGCGUCGUCUCCCUUCACAACAGGUCUCCAGUGAUGAGCUGGUUGCUUCCGAUUGUAAUCAUGGGACAGGUUGGAUUACCCGCAUUUUCGGAGGCCUACUCCGCAGUCGUGUCAUAUGUCGAACAUGUCAGCACAAAUCGUAUCGAACUGAGCGGUUUUUGGACCUCAGUCUAGAUUUUCGGCAGUCGGCCUCGAUCUCCAAGUGCCUCGAACAUUUCGCAGCGACGGAGUUGCUCGCAGGCCGAAAUCGCUAUGACUGUGCGGCAUGCCACGGUUACAGCGAUGCGGAGAAGCAAAUCCGCAUUCGACAGGCUCCUGUUGUGCUCACGCUGCAUCUGAAGCGCUUCCACGCGCUUCGAAAACUCUCUGGUGUUGUGCGCUUCUCCGAGUGGCUCGAUCUGCGACCCUAUAUGGCUGAGGAGUUUGUGGCAGGCCCUGUGAUGUAUCGACUGUUUGCAGUGAUCGUACACGAGGGCCAUUCGCUGUCCAGUGGCCACUACUAUGCAUUUGUUCGGAGUGCCAGUGGUGCCUGGUUGCGAUGUGACGAUGAGCACCUGUCACGAGUCGGUAUAGGCUCGGUUUUCGCGCAACAGGCGUACUUGCUGUUUUACUUACGCGUGGAUGCUGUACCGGGCGAAAGCGCUAUUGAGACUUCGGAGGUAUCGACCGCAACAUCUGAACCUGAUACCAAAAUCUCAGGUGGGGUUUCGACGGCCCCUGAUUUCCAGGCGAGGCAAAGCAAAAAACCGCGAUCAGAAGUGAAACGAUUCGAGUCGUGA